ACCCGGAUGCAGAGUCUUCAGCCAGACCCAGCCGCCCGCUAUCGCAACGUGCUGGAGGCCCUCUGGAGGAUCAUAAGAACCGAAGGCCUGUGGAGGCCCAUGCGGGGGCUGAACGUCACGGCCACCGGCGCGGGGCCUGCCCACGCCCUUUACUUUGCCUGCUACGAAAAGUUAAAAAAGACACUGAGUGACGUAAUCCACCCCGGGGGCAAUAGCCAUAUUGCCAACGGUGCGGCCGGGUGUGUGGCGACGCUGCUUCACGAUGCGGCCAUGAAUCCAGCAGAAGUGGUCAAGCAGCGGAUGCAGAUGUACAACUCGCCGUACAACCGGGUGACGGACUGUGUGCGGGCAGUGUGGCAGAAUGAAGGGGCCGGGGCCUUCUACCGCAGCUACACCACGCAGCUGGCCAUGAACGUGCCCUUCCAGGCCAUCCACUUCAUGGCCUACGAGUUCCUGCAGGAGCAGCUGAACCCCCAGAGACGGUACAACCCCAGCUCCCACGUGCUCUCCGGGGCGUGUGCAGGAGCCGUGGCUGCCGCGGCCACGACCCCGCUGGACGUUUGCAAGACCCUGCUGAACACCCAGGAGUCCUUGGCCUUGAACUCAAACGUGACAGGACACAUCACAGGCUUGGCUGGUGCCUUCAGGACGGUGUACCGAGUGGGCGGGCUGACCGCCUACUUCCGAGGGGUGCAGGCGCGCGUCAUCUACCAGAUCCCCUCCACGGCCAUAGCGUGGUCUGUGUACGAGUUCUUCAAAUACCUGAUCACUCAGCGGCAGGAAGAGUGGCGGGCGGGCAAGUGACGUCGCACUGGACCGAGCC